AGUUAUCGAUAGAUAGGCUUUGUUGUGGUCCCUAUUUUUGCAUUGCAAAUUACAAAAAAAAAUAAAAAAAAUUAAGUAAACAUAGUAUUUGCUUAUCACCAAAAAUGAUCGCGGCGGUGAACGGUUAGCCGCGGUCACAGAUUUCAGUUCCUGCUCUAGUCAUGCUCCUGCGGCUGCCCAUUUUGGCGGCACGCUUCCUUCACAACGGAAGACUGCGGCUCCUGUUUGGCAUCUUGAUCCUAGUGCUCGUCGGCAGCAUUGCUUAUACCUACACCUGGCAAAAUGACAACUACCUGUGCUUCAUGGAAGGCCAAGGGAUGGCGACCCAGGCGCCAGUCGCUGAUGCGGAUGCCACUCCCCUGGAGGAUGUGCUGCUGGCGGAGCCAAAACCCACGCCCGGAAGGAGUAUCUUCUUCCACGAGACCAGUUGCCACCAGACCGAGAACAAGCAGUUCGAGAAGCUGAAGCUCACCGCCCGUCAGGCCUGCGCAAUUGAGUCCGCAGCGUUGCACAAUCCGAAUUUCAAAGUGUUCGUCCUCUUUGCCGGCCCCACAUAUCGAAUCUCCACCGUCGGACGCAACAACAGCCAUCCGCAGCCUCUGGUCGACGCCAUUCUCAGCUACAGCAAUGUGCACCUGCGGCGACUGAACCUGUGGAGCUAUGCUGCCGGCACGCCAAUCGAAGAGUGGCUCAAAGACGGCCGCUUGUUCCGCUCGAGCUAUUUGUUUUCGCACAUAUCGGAUUUCCUGCGCUACCUCACCCUCUAUCGCUACGGCGGUCUAUAUCUGGACAUGGAUGUGGUGGUGCUGCGCAACAUGGAGGAGGUGCCGCCCAAUUACACAGGCGCCGAGUCCAACACACACUUGGCCGCUGGCGUGAUAAGCCUGGCAGCCACUGGCUUUGGCCACGAGAUCGCCGAAUCAUGUCUGCGCGACUUUCAGUACAACUUCAACGGCCGAGACUGGGGCAACAACGGUCCCGGGGUGAUAACUCGUGUGGCCCAGAAGAUUUGCGGCACCAAGGACAUCGCCGUGAUGCAGGAGGAUCCAAAGCGCUGUCUGGGAUUCAAGGUAUUCGGGCGGGGCGCCUUCUAUGCCGUUCCCUGGAAAAAGUGGCGCGACUUCUUCGAGCCGGAAAAGCUGGAGGAGACGCUGGCCCGCUGCAAGGAUUCGUAUGUGGUGCACGUGUGGAACAAGCACUCGAGCUCGCUGCUCAUCAAACAAGGUUCUAAAAGCGCCUAUGCCAAGUAUGCCGAACAAAACUGCCCGCGGGCCUAUAAGGCUGCGGGCGAGUACUUUUAGUAUUACAAUCGAGUGAAGGGUUAUGUAUAGUUUUUCGCUGCAAGCCAAAGAAUCGUGGCCCCAAAAUAGGGCUCCAUUGUUAGGUGGCAUUGCCUUCUGUUUGCUUUUUAGCAGCCCGCAUUCCAAAUAAUAACAGCAUUCUCAAACGCACACAAAACUGGCACAGCUUA